GCUGUUGGUCGCCCGUGGAAACCUGGAGUCUGUAGCGGAAACAAACCCAGCAGAAAGCUGCAGCUUUUGUUAAGUUUAGUUCGAUUAUUAUCUCUUUAUUUAAAAACUACUAACAUCAGAUCAUAUCUGUAACUAAUACAUCAUUAGUUAGCUAGGUAACAUAUUCCUUAAGCGUUUACAGACAGCUUUUAUUUCUUACUAAAGCUGUGGCUGUAUCCUUUACCUGUUAGCUAACCUAACUUCUGCUGUUUUCCUGUUUUCUGUGGAUUAAUUCGUCAGCCAGAUCUAAACAGAUUUUCAGAUUUCUGCAGGUUAAAAAUCUAUUUUUAUUAAAUAUUAAGUGAGAUGGAGAAGAGUAAGAUGUCCGAAUCUAUAAAUCCACUGGCCAGUCCUAAAGGAGUGAAGAGACUGUGUGAGCUGUGUCAGAAACCAGCUCACCUCCGGUGUUCACACUGCCGCGUCACCUUCUACUGUGAUGCGGCUCACCAGCAGGCAGAUUGGAACAGCAUCCAUAAGAAAGCCUGUGAGCUUCUCAUCCACAUACGAGCACCUGUUCCCUACCUCCCUCUAAAGGCCGACCGAGACCACCAGCAGACGCUGGCACAAAAGAGACUGGAGCAGCUGAUGGAGGUUUCCCGGGCGGAGGCUCGGGUGCAGGUUGUGGAGGGAAGGUAUACUGAAUCCUUACCUGCAGCUCAGCUCUCUCUGCACUGUGCCAUCGACCUUUAUGGGCACGAUGCUGUGGAGCUGGUGCCAGCUUACCUGCUGCUUGCCGAGGCCAAUAUGGGUUCUGGUUCUCUCUCUAAGGCACAGAGCUAUCUUUCCCAGGCAGAAUGGACAGUGCUGAAGACUCCAGACUGCAGCCAGACGGUUCUUCUGGAGCUCCACAGGAACCUGGGCCGCCUGCACACCUUCACAGGAAGUUACCAAUCUGCUCUGCUGCACUUUGCCAAUUAUGUGUACUACGCGAGUGAAGAGUUUGGCUUGAACAGCACUGAGACGGCCCGAGGCUAUUUCAUGAUGGCAGAUGUCUUUGGGAAGCAGGAGAAGCCAGACAUUGCCAGCUCCCUGUACUCACAGGUUGCCAGCACUUGGCACACUCACCUGUCUGAGCUUUUUGAGCUUCGCAGUCAGAGAGGAGCUCAGGGAGAGCCGUGCUUUGAUAAGGCGCAGUGUGCAGAGGUGGAUCAGAUGUUGAGGGUGAUGUUGGAGGCUCACGAGCAGCAGCAGCAGCAGCAGCAUCAAGACGCAAGAGCACAUCCUGCGCGGUCUGACUCUCUUCCUCAGGCUGCCGUACUGUCGCACUCUCGCGCCAUGCUGUGGUUCCUCUGCAGCAACAGCAGCAAGGCACUGGAGUUCGGCAGGAAGGCCCUCGAUUGUAUCCAGCAGUGUGAACAGAACAGCCUGGCUGAGUCCAUCCAGAGCCUCAUAAACCAAGCAGAAGAUCAUCUCAACACCUCAACACUUAGCGGCAGUUCCCCAGACAGGGAUUAAGCCUAAUCCUAAACUACACACAUUUAGAAUGGAAAUUUCCCAUUUAAAUAAAAAAAAAAAUUCUCUAAGACCAGCUCUAAUCCCUGUUCAGGAAACAGACCCGCAGUGCUCAUCACCAAUCCACACAUUCAACACUUCUGUUCUAAUGCAGUCUUAAAAUAAACCAGCUCAGCACGCUCCUCUGAUUCAGCGCUAACUAAUAAUACAGUUUCCAACAACAGUC